AUGGUGUCACCUCUCAUCUUGCUUGGUCAUCUCGUGUUUUGCGGCCCUGUUUUUCUUGCCUUGAACCGUGAUCGUGGUCCUGUCUCUCUGGUAUUCCCGCCUGUCAUGGAUAGUAAGAUAGUCUUGUCUCAAAGCAGGACUAUUUUGCUAUGCCCCCGUUCUGAUGGUGCUACCUCUUGGAUGCCAGAUUGUACACAUUGGACUGUCUCCAACUCGUCUCGUUCUGCUGCUCCGGUUGCUCGUCUCUCUCUUGGUGCUUUGCGAAGGUAUUGGCACCCUGCAAAGGGUACCAUUACCUCUCGUAUGGGUCCUCCUUGA